AUGCCGUUCGCCGAUCGCCUGGUGGAACUCAUGCGGACGCCGCGAGAGGGCGAGGCGCGGGCGCUGGUCUCGCACGGGGUGUCGCUCGGACGACACGGCGACGUCGCGGGCGCCGGGACGGAGGGCGAGACGCGUCGGGAGAGCGAUACGAUGGGCGUCGUCGACGUCCCGAUGCAUAAGCUGUGGGGGGCGCAGACGCAGCGGAGCUUGGAGAAUUUUAAGAUCGGUGGGGAGAAGAUGCCGAUCGCGAUCGUGCGGUCGUUGGCCAUCGUGAAGUACGCGGCGGCGACGGUGAACGAACGCGAGGGACGGUUGGAGCCGAGACUUGCGGAGGCGAUACGGAGAGCUGCGCGGGAGGUGGUGGAGGGACGAUUGGAUGAACACUUUCCUUUGGUCGUGUGGCAAACCGGAUCGGGGACGCAGACGAACAUGAAUUUGAACGAGGUCAUUUGCAACGUGGCGAAUUCGCGUUUCUUGGGCGGGAGCGUCGGGACCAAGUCGCCGAUUCAUCCGAAUGAUCACGUGAAUAUGAGUCAGUCGAGCAACGACACGUUUCCCACCGCGAUGUCCAUCGCUACCGCGCACGAGGUUCAGGAACGCCUGAUUCCGGCGCUGAAAAUGUUACAGGAGGCGCUGCACGUAAAGGUGCUCGCGUGGGGAGACAUCGUGAAAAUCGGACGCACGCACUUACAGGACGCCGUCCCGAUCACUCUCGCGCAAGAGUUCAGUGGGUACGAACAGCAGGUUAAGAACUCGCUGUUACGGGCUAAGGGUGCGCUCGUACACUUGCUCGAGCUUGCCAUCGGCGGCACCGCGGUUGGCACUGGACUGAACGCACCGCCAAGGUUUGGCGAAAACAUGGCGGCGGAGAUCUCCAUGCUGACUGGUCUACCCUUUGUGAGCGCGCCAAACAAAUUCGAAGCACUCGCUGCGCAUGAUGCGCAAUCCACGUUAUCGGGGAUGCUCAAAACGAUCGCGAUUUCUCUUCUCAAAAUCGCUAACGACAUUCGAUUGCUCGGAAGUGGUCCGCGAGCCGGCUUGGGCGAACUUUGUCUUCCAGAAAACGAACCAGGGAGCAGCAUCAUGCCUGGCAAGGUGAAUCCGACACAGUGUGAGAGCUUGAUGCAGGUAUGCGCGCAAGUCAUAGGUAAUGAUCUCGCCGUUACCAUCGGCGGCUCCGCGAGCUCACAUUUUGAGCUCAACGUCGCAAAGCCUUUGAUUGCGCACAACAACUUGAAUAGCAUCGCUCUUCUCUCUGACUCGUUAGAGAGCUUCACGAAAAACUGCGUAGUGGGAAUCGAACCGAACAUGGAGCGCAUCGAUGCUCUCAUGCGUAGUAGCCUGAUGCUCGUGACGAGCUUGGUCCCGAAGAUUGGCUACGACAAAGCGGCAAAAAUUUCCAAGAAGGCUCACGCCGAGGGACUGACGCUGAGAGAGGCCGGGGUGCAGCUUGGGCUGCUAACGAACGAACAGUUCGACGAAUGGAUCCGGCCCGACGAGAUGACUCGACCAGAAGGCUUGCAGUCGAAGUUAUAG